GGACUUGAGGAAAUUCAUUUCAUUCACUGGUUCUAGUGGGACUCUUUCGUCGAGUUUGGAACAGAGAUUGUGUUCAUACACUCUUCUUCCCACCAUGCACGCUCUACUCCGGUGACAUUUGCCUCUAAUAUCUUCACAUCUUCGCCUGCACCAUGGCGCGCGGCGGGAGAAGAGGAGGCGGGAAGCGAGGGCCCGAUCUCGCAUGGGACGAUGAAGAGUCUCUCGCAACUCCGCCGGUUUCAAACAAGCCUCAAGAGACAUUCCCUCCUAUCGAUCUUACUGUCCCACGCCCGAUUUCAAGUCAUGGACGUGCCGCGGCCACAUGCUACCUAAACAUGCGAAAACGUGUGCGCAACGGUCCUUAUUACGCCGUCCUCGACCCCAGCAGUAUCGCAGAUGCAAAGACGGGAAAGGUCCUGAAGAGAGCGGGCUUUGAUCCCUUCAAUGACCAGGAAAAAUACACUGCCAAAUACCUCCAGAAGAAGCGCACGGUUCCAGACCUCAGUGGGCGAGAUUACAGUAAAGACAAUGGGCUGAGGAUAGCACUGAUAUACUUUCCUUACGAACUGUGGCCGUUACUAGAUCCAAAGCGCAAGAGCAGUUUAUGGAAAUCAGCAGACAUCCAAAUCGACGCCGAGACAAACGCACCCCGCAAGAGUCUUAAGAGGAAACGUGAGAUCGUUGUUGACGACGCGGACGAGGAGGAUGCAGAGGCGAGAGCGGAUGAUGAGGGGAAUGAUACAGACGGCUCAGACCCUCUGCUCUCGGGCACGCGACGGUCUCGAAACAGCACAAAAUCUGCGAAGAGGCGGCGCGAGGACCCUACAACGAAGAGGGUGCGUGAAAAGCGUGGUCUAGAUGCAGAAGACGAAUACUCGGACGACGAAGAGAUACGUCCUCCAUCCCGUACGAAGAAGGAUAAGAACGCCGGUUCGGACGACGAGGAUGAUGACGACGACGAAAACCCCGACGAGAACAACGAGAACGACAACCCUGAUCAUACUGGCGACGAAGACGAUGAAGAGGGAUCGGGACAGGACGAACCUGAGGAUUCCGAGUUCGAAGAAUCAGAUGAUGGUGCGGGAGAUGAUUACAAUGCAGAGAAUUACUUCGACACAGGUGAAGGAGAUGACGACGGAGGUGGUGAUGACGAAGGAGCGACUUAUUGA